AUGGAGCGCGAGUUGACGCCGGGACGAAAAGCACGCGGCGACGACGGCGACGACUUCGCGGACGUGCGGGACGCGUGCCUGCGAUUAGUGCGCGAGAGCUCGGGCGCGCGCGAGACGCGAGCGAAGGGGUUGAUGAUCAUACGAAAUUGCGCGCCGCCCGGCUUUGCGGGUGCGUUCGGGGGAUUUCUGCGGUUGUUCCCGAAAUGGUUCGCGGCUCGGCACGCCGCGGCGGUGACUCCGAUGUUGUUGCCGUGGCUCGUCGGCGAGGCGGAGGUGAACGACGCGCCGGAGGAUGUCGCGCUAGACGUGAGCGAUGACGUGUCGACGAGUGUUUUCGCGGCGAUGAUCGGUGCGCCGAAAGUGCGGGCGGGGUAUAAGCAGGGCGUUUUGUUGAAACGAUGUCGCGUUCUCGAGGAAACCGGGUGCGCCGCGGUUUGCGCGAACGUUUGCAAGCAUCCGACGCAAAAGUUUUUUACGGAAGAGAUUGGCUUGCCGGUGACGUUGACACCAAAUUACGAGACAUUUGAAUGCCAGUUUACGUACGGCGCGACACCGCCUUCGGUGGAGGCUGAUCCGGCGUUUGCGUCGCCUUGCUUUCGUCAAUGCGGGGUGAGCGAGACUCUGCGCGACGCCGAGUGCGGGAACGCGUUGGAGAGCGACGAGUCGCCGUGCGCGUCUUCGAAUUGA